AUGAAGAGAGUUUCCGUUGUAGAGAGAGCACUGGAGGAUAUUGGCUGGGGCAAAUAUCACAACUUUUUAUUCCUCAACUGCUGUUGCGGCUGGCUUACAGCUCUUAUGUGGCAAUCUGCUGUUGCAAAUGUUAUGGCUGAAUAUCCAGACCUAAGUCUGUUUGAGUAUACAAUGCUGGGGAUUUCUGUAAGUGCUGGGUCAGCAGCUGGGGCUGUGUUGUUUUCUAGUUUAAGUGAUAGGUAUGGCCGAGGCUAUAUCUUUAAAAAAAUCAUAUAUUUUUUUCUAUAAAUAAUCUAAAAAUAAAUUUCUUAUUAAUUUGUCUAUUUUUAAGGAAAAAAGCAUAAUUCUUACUUCAAUUAGUGCUCUCGCGCUGAUUUUAUCCGCGAACUACGUGAUGGUUUUUAUUUCCGUCUUUUUUGUUGGGCUGGGUACUGGAGGUGACGUUGUGUGCCCACCUCCUGUAAUGAUAGAAAGUACCCCACCUAGCAGAAGGGGCAUAAUAGCUGUCAUGAAUAUAGGAUAUUGUAUAGGACCUUUACUUGCCCAAAUUUCAUCACUUUUGCUGUCAUUAUACUGGGACACCUCAAUAAUGGCCAGAUGGAGAAUUUUAGCAAUUUGUAUAUUUGUACUUACAGUUGGUUUUAUGAUAAUGCGACAAUAUAUAUACGAAAGUCCAAUUUUCCUAUUCGGAAAUGACAAUGAAGAAUUUCUAAAAGUCAUAGGAAGGAUCGCAAAAGAAAACGAAAGAUUUAGCUUCGAAACAAGAGCGCCUUUGCUUGUAAAUAAACAGGCAACUUCUGAUGAAAAUCGUGUGAAAACGCAUUUACCGUUUAUCGAAAUUUUCAGAGGCAGAAACUUAAAGCCUACGAUAUUGUUGACCUCGUCAAUUAGUCUUUUUAAUUUUUCUUUUAAUGGGAUCAUGCUAUUUUUGCCAGCGUUUUUACAAGUCGACAGCAUGGGGUUAAGAUAUACCAUAAUUGGUAUACAGCAGUUUGCAGGAAUUAUUGGACUUUUCGUGGCAAUGAAGACUGUUGAUAGCAAAAUAGGUAGAAGAUAUACGAUGGGCGGAGGCUAUUUAAUAGGAGGAAUCUUACUGCUUAUGUUUUUGUUUUCAACUGAACUGAAUUUUGUAUGAUAUAUUUAGAUUAUUAUUUUGGCAGUGGCGUAUUAUUUUUUCCAAAUGAUGGGAGUUGCUGGGAAAAACCUGAUUGGGGCUGAAAGCUUUGGGCCUCAGAUUAGAGGGAAAGCCCUUGGAUUUAUUUAUUUGGUAGCAAGAAUUGCUGCUGUGCUCUCCCCUGUCGUUUCAGGGUUUUUGCUGGACAUUUCUGAUGGUAAUAAAUUGUUACCACUGGCUUCAUUUGCUAUUGGACUAAUGCUAAGUGGAGUUACUGCAUCGUUUCUUGAUGAAACGAGGCCGAAUUUAGUGAAGAAAUAA